AAAUUCAACUUCGAUGCAACAAACAAUAUGGCUGAGUAUGAAGCUCUGCUGCUUGGUCUAUAGCUAGCAUUGGAAUUGAAAAUCAGUGUGAUUCAAGUAUACAGUGACUCCUAGCUGAUGGUGAACCAAAUCAACUCAAUCUGCGAAGUCGUUGAUCCUGUGAUGGUGAAAUAUGUAGCCCUGGUGGCUGAGCUGAAAUGCAAAUUCCAGAAAUUCUAUCUGAGAAAAAUUCCCCGAACUGAGAAUGAACAGGCAUAUUCACUCUCUAAAUUUGCCUCUAAUAGCUCUUUCAGUUCCAGAUUAGUUUUUGUGGAGGUUUUAGACGAACCAAGCUUCAUGAAGCCACGGAUGAUGGAGAUUAGCACAGACCCUGACACGCUGAGCUGGACUGACUCAAUUAUCUCCUUUUUGCGAGAUGGGAUAGUACCUGAGGACAGAUCUUUCUCACUCCCUCUUCUACGGUGUUUAAACCCCUAUGAAGCUGAGUAUGCACUUCGGGAGAAAUGUCAAUUCUUUGCACAUCUGACUCACCAACCAGCAGAAGAGCUCACGAACUUGGUAGCACCAUGGCCAUUUGCUCAGUGGGGACUGGAUCUUUUAGGCCCGUUUAUGACAGGGGUUGGUAGUGUAACCCAUCUGGUUGUUGGUGUGGUUUAUUUCACAAAGUGGGUUGAAGCUCAGCUGUUAUCUAGUCUUACCUCCAAGAAGGUCGAAGACUUUGUUUUCAACUCGAUCAUCUGCAGAUAUGGGAUCCCGAAUCAGAUUGUGGCUGAUAAUGGAACUCAAUUCAAUUGCUCCUCAUUCCAAGAUUUCUGUUCCAAUUAUAGGAUCAAAUUGCAGUUCACCUCCAUUUACCAUCCGGAGUCCAAUGGCAUGGUUGAAUCUGUUAACAAAUGCAUUUUAGAAGGUAUAAAGCCGAGGUUGGAACAGCAUAAGGCCAAGUGGGCAGACAAGCUCAACAACGUCCUCUGGGCAUACAAAACCACGGGCCGAACUGCCACAGUCAGAGAAGAAGCACAGCUUCGAACUCUUGUAUACAAGCAGAAACUAGCCAACUUCUACAAUAAACAAGUCCACCCUCGAACAUUCAAAGUAGGAGACCUUGUUCUCAGAAAAGCUGGCCUAACAAGGUUUGAAACUCGUUUUGGCAAACUCACCCCGAAUUGGGAAGGCCCUUAUACUGUGGCCGAGGUGCUACAUCCUGGUGCCUAUGUCUUCCAACAUGCUGAAGGAAAGAGAAUUCAUAGAGUCUGGAAUGUCAAUAACUUGAAGAAAUUUUACCCCUAAUAAAAUCCUUUCAAGUGAUCGAUAUCUUACUGUUCUUUACACUUUUUACUUCGUCAUUGUUGAGAUUCAUUUUACCUCUUAUUCUAUGUAUUCUAUGUAUCCGAGGUCAAUUAGUUCAUUCAUUCCUUGAACCUCACUUCUGUUAAUAAAUGUCACUUCGCAUA